AUGUUGAAUAACACAUCACAAGCCGAGAGUUCUGCAGAUACUGAUUCUAAGAGACUUUUGAGUGAGAUAGAAAUAGCUGAUCAGAAACUUGGAUUUAAGGAAAUCUAUGGACUUGCAAUUUUGGGAGCCAAUAAUGCUGUAUCCUUCUGGAUGGCUUUUAUAGUGGUUUAUGUAAAUCCAGGGGAUACACCUUAUACAAGCAUGGAAAAAGAUCUUGACCUUACCCAAACUGAAUACGGAUUGCUAUCUGGUGUGACUUACUCGCUACUGAGUGCUCUAUUUUCUAUUUUUAGUGGAGCUCUAGUUGACAAAUUCUCAAGGAAAUGGACUCUAGUAAUUGCAGCCUUUCUUUGGUCAGGUCUAACUUUUACUCAGAGCUUUGCUACUAAUUUUAUCACAAUUAUAAUUCCCAGGAUAGUGAUGGAAAUUGUUCUCACCGCAAAUCAUGCUUCAUCCUUAAGUUUAAUAAGUGAUUAUUUCAAUUCCAAAUACAGAGCAAGAGCAUGAAGUUUGUAUCAAUUCGGCUUAUACGUCGGUAUUGGUUUUGGAUCUUUCAGUAUAAUAAUGACAAAGCUGAUUGGCUGGAGAAAUGCAUUCAGAGUGUGAGCAGGAUUUGGUGGAUUUAUUGCUUUUCUGACCAUUUUUAUCAGCGAGCCCCAAAGAGGUAAAUUUAAUUCAGAACAAGAUAAUCAAGAUUUUAAAGAUAUUUCUGUAUCGAUGUCAAGACUUGAAAAAUUGAAGAAAAGUUUAAAAAUUAUAUUUACAAACAAAAUAUGAAUUUUUCUUUGUUUAUCAAACAUGGUCAGACUUUUUGGAACCUCUGCUAUAGGAUUUUGGGCAGUUAGGUUUUUCAAAAGCAAAUUUCCAGACUAUCAGAACGAGUAUUCAAUCAUUAAUGGAAUAAGUCUGAUCACAAUAAACUUAAUCUCCUUGUAUGUUGGGGGAACGAUUGGUGACCAUUAUGAUAAUAAAAAUCCUGCAGUAAAAUCAUACAUCGUCGCUAUUGGAGGACUGAUAUCAUUCCCAUUCCUGCUUGUUGCCUUUGUGUUUUCAACAAACUUUUGGCUCUCUUCAUCACUUUUCAUGCUAAGUUUUCUAUUCUCAGAAUCCUGGUUUGGAAACGUGUUAUCAAUGAUACAGAAUGUAUUUCCAUCCCAACUUGUAGGAUCUGCAACAGCUGUGUUCCUAGUCAGUGGAGGAAUUUCAGGAGCCUGAUCAAAUCUGCUAUUAGGAGUCUUGAGUGAUAAAUACCAUACAUCAAAGAACCCUAAAGCUGCUGGAAAUUUAUUAAUAAUUCUUGUAGGGAUAUCAUACAUUGGUUCAGCUCCUUUGUUCAUAAUUUCAGGGUAUUUCUACAAAAAGUACAUUCGCUCAAAAUCCAAGGCAGAGAAAUGUCCUAAGGUUAUCGAAGAGGAGGAGGAAAAUGAAGAAUAAGCC